AUGUCGAAGAGUCAGCAGAGUGAAUUUAAGCCCUACACCCUCUAUGAUUCAACCAAACCUCUUCCGCCCAUCUACAGCAAACGUGCUGCAAAGGAAUUGAAGGAGAAUAAGGAACAACUUGCAGCUCAUCUGGAAUCCUUCAAGCGAUGGAUUAAGUCGAUGCCUCACCUUCAAUGUACCCUUGCUAAUUGUGAUAUGACCGGAUACCCACUAAAUGAGUGGCAUGCAGCUUUUCAACUCUGGACGGACCUUUGUGUAGUUGAUCAAAGAGCUCAAAUCGGUGGCUUGUGUAUGAUUAUGGAUAUGACGGAUAUGAAGAAGGAAACAAUAUUUCAAGUGUUUGAUCCAAAAAUUUCCAAAUUAAUGACCAAGUAUUUCCAGAUUAUGGUAAUAAGCGAUAUGUCAAAAGCUUUCGAAGAAGUUCCAGGUCUGAAGGAGAUAGCCCCAAAAGAUGUAGGAGGAGAUUGUAAAUAUACAUUUGAAGAAAUAUGCGAAGGUAACGACAGCGUGUUAAGAAAUAUUCCCGCCAUUGCUGAGGAGUGGAAUAUUGCCGUUGAUGAAUCCAAACGACCACAAGAGUGCAAAUAUUCUUUCGGCACUUACAAGGAUCUCCCAAAAGACGCAAUGGGAACAGCGGGCACCUACGUGAAGUUGAAUGAUGAAAUUUGA